GAUGCGGAUGAAGAGAGACCGGAGCGGGUGGGUGGGACGACCCUGCUCUCUCCUUCUGUCUCCCUGCUGCUAAACACCGUAGGGCGCGCUGGGGCUCCCGAGCGGAUCCGCGGAUUCUUCUCCAAAUAACACCGCCGGCCCGUCGCCGGGGGAGUGGAUUGGGCAAAUAAUUUUUGGAGGGCAGCGUUCCACGUGAGGUAAAUAUUUGCAUCAUCAAUCCGAAACAGGCAUUUUAUUGAAAUGGAACGGGCUUUCUUUUGGUUUCAACAAUGAAUGUUUGAUGAUCCAGUUAUGUCAGAAUCCACCGAGAUGGAAGGGUCUGGUAACACAAACGUCACUGAAUCGCACAAUCCUCGAUCAAGAAAGCUGAGGUCGCUCGUCUGGAAUGAUUUCACCAAGGAGCAGAAGGCCGACGGUAGUUUCGUCGCGAUCUGCAAUCACUGCAAGAAGCAGCUGACGGCGAGCAGUCGGAGCGGGACGACGCAUUUGAAGAACCAUUUGGGGAUUUGUAUGUCCAGCAAGCGAUUAAAGAGGAAGAAGCUGGUCGUCCGGCGGCUGGUCCUCAAGUCGACCGAUGCCAAGAAUGAUGGUGCCCCUGGUCUGGAGCACCCUCAGUUUGAUCAAGAAUUGAGUCGGCAGGACCUUGCCCGUAUGAUCGUUCUACAUGGCUAUCCUUUCUCCGUUGUUCAUCACGUCGGCUUUAGAACGUUUGUGAGAAACCUUCAGCCGCAGUUUAAGUUACCGUCUUAUGAUGUGGUGAAAGCAGAUUGCAUGAAGUUCUAUGAGAAUGCGAGGCUUAGGCUGCAUGAGGUCCUCGACAAGCUUCAUUGUCGAGUUAGUCUUACGGUUGAUAUAUGGAGAUCGGGUGAUGGUCUGGAAUAUGUCUGCUUGAUGUGCCACUAUGUCGAUGAUGAAUGGAAGCUUAAGAAGAAGAUUCUCAACUUUGUACCUAUUGAAGCUCCAUUGGCUGGGGAAGAAAUUAGUAAAUCCAUUGCGGAGAAGUUGCGUGAGUGGAAUAUUGAUAAAAAAUUAGGUAGCAUGGUCUUGGAUAAUUGUAGCACCAGUGAUAUAGUGACAAGAGAGCUUCUCAAAUCUCUUCGGCCGAAAGGUUUCCUUCUUUCCAAUGGUGAUCUAUUUUGUGUGCAUUCCUGUGCACAUGUACUGAAUCUCAUGGUCCAAGAAAGUAUGGAACUUGCAUGUGAGCUAACUAAUAGAGUCCGGAAUAGUGUGCAACAUGUGAAAUCCUCACAAGAAAGAAGCAUAAGAUUUCAGAAGGCAGCAAAGCAAGUGGGAGCCCCAGAGAAGCCACUAGUUCUUGAUGCUCCAACUAGCUGGGUCUCUACUUAUUUAAUGCUUGAAACUGCAUGCCAGUAUCAGGAUGCUUUCUCUUGUCUGGCAGAAUGGGAUGCUGAUUUCACAGACUUUCUAUCUUCCAAGGCCUGGAGUGAUGCUAAAGCUGUUACUGAAUGUCUAGAAGUGCUGUACCAUGUUAUAGAGAAGUUCUCAGCCACGAGAGUUCCAACUGCCAAUCUUUAUUUCAAUGAUAUAUGUGGUAUUCAUUUGCUCAUGAAGAGGUGGUGCAUGAGCCCACAUCCCAUUGUUGCAUCAAUGGCUGCACAAAUGCUUGAGAAAUUCGAGCAGUAUUGGGACUUGACUCGAAUAGUAAUGGCAAUUGCUUCUAUUUUAGAUCCUCGAUACAAGAUGAAGUCUAUCGAGUACUACUUCAAACUAAUCUAUGGUGAUCCAUAUGAAGCCAAGGCAAGGAUCGAUAAUAUCCGUAACAGUUUUAUAAACCUUUACAAUGAAUAUGCACUUCAGUCAGCUAAUUCUUCAAAAAAUCAAGCACUCCUCUGCUAUGUAGGAAAUACUAGUGGCUACACUAGUUCUGAGAGUGGAACUGGGGGAGAAUCUAAAACAUCCUAUCGUGUUACACUGUCUGACACACGGCGUGGACUUGAUCAGUAUCUUCAAGAGACUUCAUCAAGUCAACCAUCAAAAUCUGAUAUGGAUAUGUACUUGGAGGAAGCUGUUCAUCCCUCAAAAGAAGGUCUCGAUGAUAAUUUUAACAUCUUAGCUUGGUGGAAGUUUAAUGCAGCAAAAUAUCCUGUCCUUUCUAUGAUGGCCCAUGAUAUUUUGGCGAUUCCUGUGUCAAUUGUUCCAUUAGACAGUGAAGCUAGAACGCUCAAUCAGUAUCUGAGUCCCAUGGACCCAAUUAUUGUACAAGGCAUUAUAUGUGCACAGGAUUGGCUAAAAGAUGAAAUUGAAGCAUCACCAACAGUUGGACCAAUGGAUGCCCUUGCACUUGUUUCUGCAGCUGCUGGCUUGGAGGGUGAUGAUGAGUGUAUGAUGCCACCUAAUGGAGAUGAAUUUUCUCCACUAUCAAAAUAGGAUCCCAACAGUGGAAUAAAACUAAAGAAGAAUCCCUGGCGAUGUCUACUGCCCCAGAUGCCGACUUAAAAGCUGAAACAUGUCUAAUUUUUGUUACCAUCUUUUGGGCAUUGCUAGGAAUUAGUUUUGGUAACUUUAAUUUAAUGAGGAUAUAUAUCAAUGUACGGAGUGAUUUUAGUAUUACUCAAUUGGUGGAUGUGGCAGUGAAUCGUUGGAUGGAAGUAGAUGUUAGCCUAAGGGUCACACUGCACCAUUAGUCAUAUGCUGCAAGGCACCUACUCUUGGCAGAACAGUAAACAACAGACGUGUUGCUACUAACAUUAGAUAUGAAAUUUCUCAGCAUCCAAGGACAUGGUUUAAAUGUCAACAACCCAUAGAUAUGAUGGUGUUUCAUAUUGGAAGAAGUAGAACUGAUGUAAAGCAAUGUUACAGAAAAUUUGUUUGGGGUAAGCCUUGGAGAAGGGCUUUCAAUCAGGAAGCGUGAACCAGAGAACUCUUUCAGUAAUCCAUGGGUGGCCUGAGGAGGGGGAUAUAUCCUUUGGUCUUAAAAUGCUUUAAUGGAUCAGAUGACUCAUGAAGAUUCAGUGUGAAAGGGUAGUUAUGAUCAAAUGCGAUCAGCAUCUCUUAGUUUGCCGUAAUUUAUGUGGAUUAUUUUGUUUUUCAUAUUUUUCUAUAUUCCAAUUUUUGAUUUGAAAUGAAAGUCAUUUUUUAGUA